AUGGCACUGUGCACCAUCUGGCCGUUGUCCGUUCGCAACAUCAACAAGCAGAGGUUUGACAUCAUUGUGAUGGACGCACAGGACUGCGAGAUGCGCUUGCAGCAAAGCUUCAGCAUGCACGUUCUUGCUACUCACAAUUCAGUUCAUCGCAUGACCCCACACCACACGGAAAAGUUGGCAAUGACCUCACCAGAACCUUAUCAAAAUAAUUGCAUGGAGCAUUCAGACUCCCAAACCUAUGUUCAGCCUACCAUCGACCAUACAGUCGCAUCUCACUCGUGUUCCAUCCCCAUCCAGCAACAUAAGCGCAAGUCUGAUCAUGAAAUGCAUGGAUUUAGUCCGAAAAAGCAGAAGAAUGUAUUUGAACAGGACGAGCCGAUAAAAGACUCGCCGUUCAACGACAUACAGCCACUCGGGCCUUCAAAAGCGGAAGAGCCGUUGACGCAUGGCGAGAGAUGGAGGUUGUACACUUGGGUGUGGCCGAGGAGUUGA